GCCGCAUUUCGCCGCGGACGGUUCGAUAAAAAUCAGUCGUCGCUCGCAUCGGUGGCUGGGCUUCGUUUGAUUAGGGGUAGUCUCGUGGCUGUGCUCCGUGGGGGUGUCUCCGUCUGUCUUUUCCUCGUCGACGACACACGAGUGGCGUAUCCAAGAGCGGACGGCGAGCGGGACUCUCCCUCGGUGCCGUGACAGGAUCCACGGCUAGUCACGGCCCCCUGGAAUCUCGUAGUCGGUGAGUCGCGUGGAAUGAUAAAUGGUAGCCACCAGCAGCAUGGUAUAUGAGGAGAUAGUCGGUAUACGGGGCAGCUGACCCCAGCCACCGCGCACGCUUUUCACGCGCGAGAUGCCCCACAAUCUAAACUCAGUUUCUGCCAACUCCGCCAAUACGGGACCGAAUCAUCAAGCCUAUCCCCAGCAACCGUACCACCGGGAGAACGCAGAUGGACUCCAGCCCGAGAAAGAACCGGUGGAAUUCGACACGUCGCAUCUGCGAGGUGCCCCAGCGGAGGUCGAGGCGUUGGUACACAACAUCAAGGAAGUCGCCCAGCAAUUCCUCUACCAUUGGCGAACGUUCCCAAUCGUCCUACCCCCGCCGUUGUCCUCGUGCACCGAGGGGGAGGAUACGUUGGCGCGAAAGAAGUACCAUCUGAGGGAUCUCUUCGUAGCGCCCAGCUUUGACGAGCUGGACGCGGUCGCCGUGGACAGCAAGGGUGAGCCCAGAAGACUGACCAACAAGCAAUUGGAGAGUAUCAGGGAGCGGGGCUUACACAAGGAUAAAUAUGGAAAGCCGAAGAAGCUGAAUGCCACUCAGUUGGAGAGCAUUCGAAGAUGCGGAGAGUUCGAAGUGGACUCGAUCAACUUCGCCGGGCAGACUCACCGAUGGCGAUUGAGCGGUCUCCUGCAGCGCGGCCGGGACAGACGGCGGGACGCGUUGCUCACAGAUCUCGCCCUGGCGACUAGGUUUCUCGUUGUAACGGCAAAGGCUAGAUUAGUUUCCCAUUGCUUCAGUGUUUCACAAUCCCUUAAAGCCCUAUUAACGGGGCUGUUGCGACUUCUCGACAUAAUAAUCGGCGUACCGUCGCUCCAGGCACACAAUCUAGACGCUAAAAUUAGGGAGGAGCGCUGCCGGUAUCUGGUGGCGGAAUUGGUCUGCAGGCCGGAAUAUGAAGACUCUUUGGAGCUACUUUGUGGAUUUAUACGGAAGCAGCUUCGUCGGGCGACCACGGAAAAGUUCGAAGUGGAAAGAGAAUCGUCCCAGCUGUUGCCCGUUUCAAUUCCUUUCGUAUUUGGGACACCGGGCGGGGCCGCGGUUGAUCUCAGAUUGUUCAGUAGGGACAUAAUCAGGAAGGCUCUGCCGACGCUCGUUGCGAUUCUGGAGAGAGAGACAAGAGGCUGGUUCCUUCACUUUAGAGAAAGACUGAUAUCCGAAUUGAGAGCACAAAAGAAGCCGGACGAGGAAAUAGAACGAGAAGUUAACGAAGCGGUAAUGCGCGAAUAUUUACAAAGAGUGUAUUCGAAUAUCUUGUCACAUCCGGACAUACUAGCACUUGGCGAGGGUAUCGCUCAAUUGCUAGUUCAACAGGCGCAAUCGGUCGUAUUGAUGCACCGAGCGGUGGAGAAUGUGCAACGGAAGCUAUCGCAAACCAAAGAAUCUCUGCGACAACGUAUCGAGAGCGAACAUCCGGUUCUGUCGCGGAUACAGCCGUGGAUGCGCGAUCGCAUGCGGGAGGCCGAGGAGAAUUUUAUCGAGGAGUGCGAAUGGAGCGCACAUGAGGAGGCUCUCGCGCUCUGCAAUCAUCAGAAUCUCACUCAGACCGUAUACUUCCUCAAUCGCGAUUUAACUUUCAUGAAAGAGAGAGAGCCAGUCCUGUUAAAAGAAUUGCGAAAGGUGAAAACGCCGACGAGAACUUUCCAAUGGCCGACGCAAAUUUGGUUACCGAAGAACUGGAUAAUAAGACGCAAUUUCCAAGGUCAAUCCGAGAUAAUACCAACCGUACUCAGCAAUACUCCGACUUCUAUUACGACGCCUCGCGCUGAUCCCAGCCAGCCUGUCUUCUUGGUUGAAAGAGAGAUUGUACACACAACUACAACAAGGUGGCCAAUGUGGCGUUGGAUAAAUUACAUCGCCAGAACAUGGUGUUGGACUUGGAACGCAAUGUUUCUGUUGGGUGUAGCUGUACCAUGGUGCAGUCCAGUGUCUUUCCGCGCUUUACUGCUGGUGCAACCGUUUACUCCUGAUCUGGAAUUGAGUCAACUAAAUGGAACAUUGUUUCCAAGAAAAUCGUCACAAAUGCCUACACUUUGUUCCCGACUAAUAGCGCUUUGGAGACACAUCAGUAAAAGCCGAACGCAUUUUGAGACUGAACCAGACACAGGAUUCAUUGGUAAAGGUAUGACCAGACAUCUUAACAGGCUGUGGAACUACGGUGCAAAGGGUCUAUUGGGCACGCUUAUCAUCUUGUUUAUAUUUCCCGUAAUAUGUGUUUUAGCGAGCGUUAGUUCGUUAAUUAUUGCUCUCACUGCGAUCCUUUGGAUGCCUCUGAUCACAUUGACGCUUCAUGGAUUCAUGGCACUCAUUAUGGAUCUGGAUAGUCCUGAGCCGAGCCGCAAUCGAUAUCUCGUAGUGAUGGAAGCGUUGGUUUGGAACAUUGGUAUUCAAGGUUGCCUGCAGCCAAUAGCGGCGUUAUUCGUAGCCCUUGUCCUGUGUCCGAUCAUCUCAUUCGUGAUACUUACAAUUGCUGUGAUACGUUAUUGGGUUAGAGUAUUCUGGGAUACAGCCAUGUUCCAUCUAGUGAUCAAAAAUAGAGGACGAAUACCAGCGAGCGAUAGCUUCGUAGUAAAGAGAAUAGCUGGACCGGGACUAGCUUCGGAUUAUUAUUAUCAAAUAAGAGCAGAACAAGCGUUGGCCGCGUUCGAAGCAAAAUUAGAAUUGGACGAAUUGUUGGCGUUCCAGCAAGAGAUCGAGAGAUUAAUUACUCAACCGCAGAGAGAUUUCACUCAAUUUGUUGAAGCCUGUUUCGGUCCGUUCGCCGCUAGUCUCGCCAAGACAAAGGACCCGUACAAAUCGCUCGAGAAAGAAGCCAAAGAUCUAAUCGCCGUAUUACAUGAGAAAUUGGACCGACGAAGAAAAAAUUUGCAGACGGGUCUCGGCGUCGCAGUGAGGAGUAAGAUAAAAUUGACCACUUUUGACUUGAAGGUAGUCAUACAGCAAGGCGCGUUGAUGUUGGAACGUCUCUAUCCCACUCACGUUUUCGCGAGAUUGCCUGGCAAUGAAGAAGACUUCUGGGAAAACAAAGGUUUAGGAGUAUGCGAUUGGGCGGGUCUGGCAGGGCUUAUGUAUGCCGAUAUCUUUAGUUUGGACUUCCUACAACCGCUCGACGAUUCCGACACGAAAUUCAGAUUGGAGCCACAUCCAGGAGUCGAUCUGUCACGGUACACGGAUAUGGUACACAGUACCGAGCUCGGUGGCAUUAAUGGACCCGAUUUACUCGGCGCUGUUUACGCACCACGCGGAAACAUUCAAGUUCAUAGUCCGUAUCUCGAAGUGUCCGCUUUUAACCCGAGAGCUAAGCAAGCUAGCAAUAGCAGAAAAUCCGACAAGCGAUGUGACACCAGCGGCCUGCUGACGUCGACAAAGAUCCGAAGGCGCACGAUGACGAGCGAAAAUAACUCGGAAGGACGGUGGCAACCAUGGAAACGUCAAAUCCAUCCGUACAGCGCGGAGAAAUUGGUGAUUCCUCUGCCGAUUCCGCAUCCGGCUCACAUAGCAGUGACCAUCCACAAUCGUGACUCGGAGGAUCCAAUUCCGCUCGACUCGGAAUUGUGUCAGAACAUUUUGCGAGCCAUCGAGGAAUCGCCCGGGGAAAUGGCGACGGAAUACGUCAGCCGAUACAGAGGCGGCGGCGGCGAUUCCAGCUUCGAUUCCGUUGCAUCGCAGUCAUCAAUCUCAAUCGAUACCGGUUUGGACAAAGAGAAUGAAACGACUCAGGAGACCGCCGCGGCGAACGCGAACGAGAAAGAGAGUGAGACCUACCACUGGACCCUAUCGAAUUGGGGCGGUGGUAUGACGCGAAGACGGAACAAUUCUGGAUCCAUAAAGGUCGAUCUUGCGUCACCGGAGGACGUCACCCUCGACACAGAUACCACCAGAGUGAUGUUCAGCACGUACGGAACAACUGUCUAAAUUAAGUACACCGUUAUAUGCGCCGAAUAAAAAUGGUUAUCUCGUCGUCGCGUUUGUAGAUGACGUUAAAAAAAAGAUAAAAGAAAAAAAAAAGAAGAAAAGCUCCGCAACUUUAGCGAACCUGAUCUUAGAGAACAGCCUUUGCCAUCCAAGAUGACGCGAUGCAAUAUUAAAUAUUCGCAUAGCCACCUUCAGCUAGAAGUAAUGCGGAUUAAUCUUAAAUAUAUAGAGUUAAGUGUUUGCCAAUGGAUUCAUAAUUUUAAUCACAAGUGCAAAUUUGAAGCGAAAUCUUCGAGGGAAGAGCACGUUUUCAGAUUAAUUGUCCUAUAAAUACAUAUAUAUUACAAUCGAAUGAUUAUCGAUGAAUUAUAAAUUAUUUAUAUUGUCAAAAAAUUUUAUCUAAGAAUCCGUUAGGCAGAUAUUAUUCAAAGUUACAUGUUCGGUACCGGAAGAUACGAAACUUUGAUUAUUGAACAGAUAUUUAACGAGGAAUGCUGAGCGAUUAAGAUUCCAAGAUUUCGUUAUUACAAAGUCGGAAUUUUUAAGAUUAUGAGAAAGAAUACACACACACACACACACACACAUACACACACACACACACACACAUAUAUAUAUAUAGAAGAGAGAAGAAAGAACAAAGGAUAUUCCAGAUUUUAGUGUAGCAGAUAAGAUUAGGUCUCUCUCUUUAAUAUUACGUUAAUUAAAAACGAAUGCGACAUUCAUAUUGAUACACUGUAUAUAGAUAGCUAAUUGUAUAAAAAUAAACUUGUUAAUGUAAUAUUACUCCGAAUAAAAUUUUCUGUUUAUGACGGGGGCUAAACGGUAAUAAGCCGGCGAAGAGAAUAUAUGCUUGCGAUUGUUCAAUCGUUUAACAUUUAAAAUACGACGUAUAUAGCUAUAUAUUGUAAGCAUGCGCUUGCGACGAUCAUGUCACUGCGAGUCGACUCGCAGAGUGAAUUUCAGUCGCGAAGGUAGUCCAAGCGCUAUCGAUUACGUUAAAUUCGACAAUGUACAAGCGUAAUUCGAUUAUCAUAAAUAUUAACACCCGUGUAACUUAUUUGACGAAUACGCCCCGAACAGGGAAAAUACUUUAAUGUCCCUCCAGCGUCUCUCUAUCUCAGUGUACAUUUUAUUUUACUAAUAAAAUUGCAAUAGAUGUUAGCAUGGAAUCUCGAGAUUGACUCCGAACGGCAGCGCGCCGUUCGUACGAUAGAAAAAGAGAAAUGAAAAAUCGUAUCGAAUGUAUUAUCGAGACAGGAUAGCGAGAUACGGCGACGCGACGCUGACUAACUCCAACGCUAUUCAGACUCAAUAAAAAUUUACUGUAAUACAAAAU